AUGCACCUCACCACCCUCCUCCUCGCCACAACAACCCUCCUCACCGGCGCGCUGUCCGCCGACCUCCAAGUCAACUACUACUCCGACGGCGGCUGCAGCGACUACAUGACCUCCAUCCACCCCGGCACAGGCGGCAGCUGCGUCGACUACGUCUGGACGGGCUCGAACAGCAUUAACAUCGCCGACUGCACGUUCCCCAACGGCGCCUGCACCUGCACCUUCUACACGCAGCCGGGCUGUAGUGGUGCGAAGCAGCAGGUGGUUUAUCCGAAUGAUAACUGCGCGAGUAACUGGGGGCGCGGGUUUUAUUCUAUGAAGUGCAGUGUUGAGCAUGGGCUUUAG